GGGAGCGGCUCAGGUGGGGAUGAGCCCGAGUACCUGCCGGCCGUCCGGGCUGGCCCUCGCGCUGCUGCGAGGAGCUAGGGGAAAGCGGAGGCAUUCCUGCAGAAGUGCUGAGUCCUGGGGCGGCAGCUGAUGAAGAGAGUGCCCCUGAGUCCCUGAGUGCCUGAGCUGAAAGGGGUUAGAGAGGGGCCGGCAUGGGCCUCGAGUUACCUGCACCUUGGCUACUGCUCUUCACCUGGCUCCCAAAAGGGUGCCUGUCCUUGUUGGUGACAGUCCAGCACACAGAACGCUAUGUCACCCUGUUUGCCUCCGUCGUCCUCAAAUGUGACUAUACCACCUCUGCCCAGCUCCAGGACGUGGUGGUGACGUGGCGCUUCAAGUCCUUCUGCAAGGAUCCCAUCUUUGACUACUACUCUGCGUCAUACCAGGCAGCUCUGUCCCUGGGCCAGGACCCUUCCAAUGACUGCAACGACAGCCAGCGGGAGGUUCGAAUUGUGGCCCAGAGGCGGGGUCAGAACGAGCCUGUGCUUGGGGUAGAUUACCGGCAGCGCAAGAUCACCAUCCAGAACCGAGCAGAUCUUGUGAUUAAUGAAGUGAUGUGGUGGGACCAUGGAGUGUAUUACUGCACCAUUGAGGCUCCAGGGGACACAUCAGGUGACCCAGAUAAGGAGGUGAAGCUCAUUGUCCUACACUGGCUGACAGUGAUCUUCAUCAUUAUGGGAGCCCUCCUCCUGCUCCUGCUGAUUGGAGUGUGCUGGUGCCAGUGCUGUCCUCAGUAUUGCUGCUGCUACGUCCGCUGCCCCUGCUGUCCCAAUCGCUGCUGCUGCCCCGAGGAAGCCCUGGCCCGCCACCGCCACAUGAAGCAGGCUCAGACCCUAGGCCCUCAGAUGAUGGAAAAACCCCUGUACUGGGGGGCGGACAGAAGCUCCCAGUUUUCAUCUUAUCCAAUGAACCAACUGCUGCAGCGAGAUUUGUCCCUGCAAUCCAGCCUCCCGCAGAUGCCAAUGACCCAGACCACUGCUCACCCUCCCAUCACCAAUGGUGUCCUGGAGUAUUUGGAGAAGGAGUUGCGGAAUUUCAACCCGGCCCUACCCCUGACCCCUGACCUCAAAGCCAUAUCCGGCCAACCCUGCAGUAUGCUGUCCUCCCUGGGCUCGGAGGUUGUGGAACGUAGAAUCAUCCGCCUGCCCCCACUGAUCAGACACCUGCCGUCUGCUCCGAGGACCAGCAACUCCUCUCGCCAGCAAUGGCUUCCCCCGGUUUCUCCAGGACCCUGGCAUUUGAGUGAGGAGAGAAGGCAGCACCACCUCUCUGAUUUCCACCAGGAGCUCCAGGACCGGGAGCCUAGGCGAUGGGCAUUGGAACGAAGGGAGCUGGACCACCUUCGGGGUGGAAGGCACCGCAGCUCCAGGCUGAACACAUCACCCAUGCCCUGGUCAGACGGGGAAAGCCUCAGCGAUGGCCCUUUGUCCAGUGAGGACCGCUGGCAGUGGCUCAACCACCCGCCUCUCCGGAGCCGUUACCCAGACAGACCCCGCCGGCCCAGCCCGCGGGAGAGCGCCCACAGGCAGCAGACACGCAGGCACCGCAGCUACUCCCCUCCCCUGCCCUCGGACCUCAGUUCUUGGAGCUCUGAGGAGGAGAAGGAGAGACAACCCCGGAGCCGGGGGGCCCACCGCCGCCGUCCACACUCCCCAAACUGGCCUGAGGAGAAGCCACCCAGCUACCGCUCACUGGAUGUCAUCCCAGGCAAGAAUGGCAGGAAAAAAGGGAAUGUGGAGAGGCGCUCGGAGAGAGACAGCUCCCAUAGUGGAAGGAGUGUGGUCAUUUAGUCACCGGGCACAGCACCACUUCAGUGGCUACUUCUUAGCUCCUGCAUGUCGUCAGCAUCACCUAGACUUCCAGGUGACUUGGCAAGGACACUGCAAGUCUACAUUUAACAAGUUUGGGCUUAGAUUCUGAGAAUCAAACUGAAGAAUUUGAAAAACAAGAUUUUUGGAAUUAACGACUUAAUUUUAGCCUUGGUUUCCAUUGUCUGCAUAUGUAGAUAGUCUCUGACUUGUAAUGAACCCAAAUGAGAUGUGAUUGAUUCCUCAAGAUCUUAGUAGCCUGAGUCUUCUACUAGGUUACACUGCUCAGAACCAUGAGCAUUCUCAAAGAGAGAACUCAGGAAUCUUUAAGAAAAAAAUCAACUAUGUUUCAGGAGCAGAGAAUCUAUGGAGUACUAUAGGGUGAGUUUCAUGGGAACUUAUGUCACUCUAGAAUAUCUAGAGAGUCCCUCCAUGUCAGAAGUCCACCGUGCUGUCCCCAUGUCCCAUCCCAAGUGCUUCUGAGGACCCAGUAAGAGACGGCACAGGAAAUACUUCAACAAUGUGCUCUCUUACAAGAUAUUUAUUGCAAGUACAGAAAAUCACAGGAAGCAGCUUUGCACCAGCCUUACUUUUCCUCUUUUCU